GCCGUGAAAGGAGGACGGCUGGGCGUUUUGGGUUUUUUUUAAAUCUUCCCACACUUAUCUUCAGAUGUUUGCCAAUCCUCAUACUAACUAGUCCAACUAUGCUUAGUUUUUAUAAACUCAGCUAUCAAAAUGGGCAUUAUUAAACACAUACACUGUGAACUGAAAAUUCCUUUUCCAUCGUCAACACUGGCCAAGAUUGCCUUGGGUUCCCUGGCCCCAGAUCCUGAGCCUCGGAAAGGAGGGAUCACCAAAGAACUGAACGUGACAGACAACAUUUUACAUGUGCAAUGGAGAGCAGAGGAAGCUAGGAUCCUGCGUGUUUCCAUUAACUCCUUCUUGGACCAUCUCUCCUUGGUGGUGGAAACUAUGGAUCUAUUUGGACCACCCAUGUCUUGAUAAACUGUUACACCAGAUCAUGAAAGAUUAUGGAUUUUGUUGGAUAUUGGACUUGGCCAUUCAUGGCUGAUUUCAGAGGAGGCAUUGGACAGCCCUUUCUUGGAGUCAGGAUGGAAAACAGAUGUGUACUUGCACUAUGGUGCUCAAGAACCUGAUAAACCAUGGUGCACCAAGAAGUAGGCAAGCUUAGAGCUGCCUUGGCCUUUCCCCCCACUAACCUGAUGUUCUCCAGAUACGUUAGACUUCAAGUUCCACAAGCUUCUGGCUAAGGUUCUAGAUUGGGAAGAUAAAUUUUAAUGAAAGUUAUGUUUAUAUGAUAUGUAUUUUUAUUACAUUAUCCUGUUCAUCUUAUACCCUGUAUGCAUUUACUAAUAAAAUAUUUUUGGCUAUGGGAGAAAACUGCUGGACAAAUGACAUGGGUCAUAACAAAAUCUUAAGAAAUAUGUUUUUUGGGGUGGCCUCCUGAAUUAAAAGGUUUAUGAACAUGAUGCAAACAUCAGGGGACGCUAAUAGAGUGUUCAGAAGAGGAUGCCAUCUGUGAUCUAAAAAUAGAAACAGGAAACAUCAUCUAUUCUUUUCAUUAAAUAUGUCCUGCAAGGCUUA